AUGGUUCUCAGCACUCUUUCAUUCUCAACUUCACUAGGCAUUAUAUUGUUGCUUAUAAGUGGAGUACCUCUCAGGAAUAGAGUUUCAGUGUGGAUUUUGCUGGUAGGAAUGUGGGCUACAGUGCUGUUUGUAGCAGCUGCAUAUUAUUUCUCAAUCAGCUUGGUGGUACCACAUGGUCAUGAUAAAAUAUUUGAUCUUAUUACUUAUUGGUACCCAGAGCUUUGGGGUGUUUUGCUUGCAGCCAUAAUUUUGAUUCACUUACUUAGAUUCCAUCGGUGGCUGGCGAAGGAACUGUUCAUGGGUGUGAUAUAUGUUCUUAAAUGUUGCUGUUGUAGGAACAAACAACAGCAUCAUCAGCUUGCGGAGAGUGUUUAA